AUGAGCCAAAAUGACAACUCAAAUGAAGAGGCUGCUGUUUCGGAGCUCAAUGUUGUCGACGAAAAUAAUAAUCAACAAGCUAUGAAUUAUUCAUCUUCACCUGAAAUGACUGAAAAUAUUAGGAAUCAUGAUGAACAGCCAGUUUUGGACCGAUCACAAUAUUAUGAAAAUCAAAAGAACAAAAAUUCUGCCAUUCCCGAUCAAUAUUUGACAUUAUUAUUGAAUCAUUAUCAAACAAAAGAUUGUCCAUCAUCAUCAGAUAGCAAUGAAUACUUUUCGUUAAAAUAUGAAAAAUCAUUGGACGAAUUAUUUACCAAAUAUAACGUAUUGAAAUAUUUAAUUGAUAGACAUGCAAAGGAAUGUGAUGGUACCGUGAAAUAUUUUCAAUUUCAAGCUACAUCGAAUAGAGACAACAAGUUGACGACAUUCCAUCAGAUCACAAGCCGUGGAAAACCAGGAGUAUGUGGAGUAAACGGGAAAAGUGGAAAGGAUGGCCGAUUUGGAUCAAAUGGUAAAACGGGAGUUAUUGCAGGAUAUAAAGAUUUGAAUGAAAGAGAAUUCAUAGAUCGAAGAAGAUUAAACGGAUGUGACGGAGAGGAUGGAACAGAAGGGCAAGACGGAGGAAAUGGUUCUCAUGGUGAAGAUGCCUCUGACAUUUAUCUGAAGGUUUCUCUUGUGGACGAUCAUUUAUUGAAAAUGAGUGGAAGUAUUGAAGUGGAAAUUAAUAACAGUAUGGAGCAAGUUUCAAUAUUGGUCGACUCACGAGGUGGAGACGGAGGACGCGGAGGCAAUGGCGGGCAUGGUGGUAACGGAGGUAAUGGAGGAAGUGGAGCAAAUAAUGAAAAUGGAAGAGGUGGAGAUGGUGGUAAUGGUGGAAAAGGAGCCAACUCUGGAAGAGGCGGAAAUGGAGGCAAUAGUGGUCAAGGUGGAAAUGUGGUUAUUGAGUCUAGUAACAGCGAAUGUUUUAUAUUAUUUAAAGCUCUGACAAGUUGCGGAAAACCAGGAGAGGCAGGAUUUAAUGGAAGACCUGGUAUAGGUGGAUUUGGAGGCAAUGCUGGAUGCGGACGAUUAGACGAUCAACGAUACAACGGAAAGAAUGGAGCAUCUGGAGCUGAUGGCACAUCUCCUCCUGUUUCACAAAACGGCUCUUCACGCUCAAGCGGAAAGCAUUUAUUUAUUGUAACAGACGAGAAUGGCAAUGUGAUCGAAUAUAGCGAUGACAUAUUUAACAUUGCUGUGAAGGACUUUGCAGUUUAUGCAAUGGUUGAUGACGGCAUCUUCUCUCCAGGAGAACCUUGCUAUUUGUCAGAUAUAGUUAUUGAAAACAAUGGAAAGCUCACUCUUCCACCAAUGAAAGCCAAACUCUCGUUUCCAAGCAUUUCUUCACAAGAGACACUUCUACCACGCCUUCGGCCAGGGGAGAGAGCUACCAUUCGUGAUAAGUUUAAUUUCAAAAUCAGUUCAGAAUCGGUCAUGACAAUUAGCUCACAAGUAACAGUGCUGGGACGAAAACUCUCAAAUGAUGGAUGUCUAGAAAAAUCAAUUCCUUGUGGAUUGCCAAUUGUGUUGAACAAUCUCGAAUAUCCAAAUACUCUUGGAAGAACACAAUCAUGUACAUGUCGAUUCGAUGUGAGAAACGUGAGCAUUUCGAAAUUUGGUCAAAAGAAGAAAAGAUCGGCCAAGGUCAGAGUCUCCAUGAUUGACCCACAUUUAAAGACAAGAAUUGUUCGAUCGAUUGCUACCAAUGUUGAAGCAUUCAGAGAUCAUUUUGAAGAGACUCUAGAUGUAGAUCCUGGUGACACACAAGACGUUACCUUUGAUAUUGUGGUCGACGAUAAGGCAUCGUUCUUUGUAGACAAGCUCUGGAAAAUUGAACUUUACGUAUUGUAUGAAAAUGAGACCGAGUAUUGCAUGAUUCAUUCUCGAUCUAAUAGUAUUCAAAUCACUCCACACUACAUUGAAUCAAGUUCCAACGAAUUUGAUUUACUCUUUGUCAUGCAUCCAUCGAUGAGAAAGAACGAAUUUUUAAAAUAUCAAAGUAUUAUAGAUGGAUUAGGAUUGAAUUGCAAUUAUUGGGACAUUUCUAAACAAAACGGAUUUAGUAGAGUGAAUGGAACAAACGAAAAACAAUCAACUAAAUGGCUGAAGGCAUUCUCUGGAAAGGUCAUCAUGUUUCCAUUAGUAUCUGAAUCUGGUGAGACCAUUUCACGUCUUUCAAGGCACAAGCCAACCACGUCACUCUCUGAAAUUGAAAAUGAUUUUAUUCUCGUGUCACAAGAGGGCGACCUGAUUCGAGGAUCCAUCGACGUCGAUUCACAACGGCAACCAAGUUCUCGUCAUUCAGGAGAAACCACUUCACAGCAUGUUGAUCAAAAACAGAUAGAGGAAGAAUACAAACGACAGCAAGAAAAACUUUGUGAAGAACUUUUUAGUUUUAUUGACACACAAGAUAUUAUUUCACAUAUUAGUAAUGGUGAUUCUGGAUUUAUUGUUGUGAAUGGACCAGAAUCUACAGCAAUCAUUAAUCAUUUAUUUUCAUGUGCUACUCAGGUAGAAAUUGAUGAGAAAUCACUCUCGUAUGGCUUGAGCGUAUUUUCCACACCAACCGAAGAUGCCUUUUUGAAAAAGUGUAAUGAAUUUAUUUCAAAAUUAAGAGAACAACACCCUAGCAAACUGUUUAGACUAAAUACCACUAAUUUCAAUGUACAGAAAAAGGGCUUCACAAAAACAAAGUUAGGAGACGCCAGUUACCGCUCUCUAGCACCUAUGAGCUGCAUUGAUAGAUUGUACAUUUUACCAAAUUUUGGAAACCUCGAAGAUGAAAAGAUUCAUAUUCACAAGACAGUCACAUUCUACACAAAUUCCAAGUUCUUUUCAAUUUUCUUCACCCUGCUCUGUUCAUUAUCUGUACAACGAAAACUACAAAUAUUAACAGAGAGUUACAGCGAUACAAUUAUAUCUCAUGCUGAAAAUUGGACGUUCAGAUAUCAUGAAGAUCAGCGAGAAGAAUACCGACUGUAUGACUUGUUGACCUCUGCUCUAUUCUAUGAUCUCAUUCAAGAAUUUUUCUUCAAAGAUUUGGGUUUGAAUCGACUUCAUGAAAUGGUCAAGGUUGUCUCUAAUAAUUUACUUGAUUUUGCAUUUCAAGACAGUAUUUACAUGUUGUGGAAUAUUAUUCAACGAUUAGAACGAGCCAAGUUAUGGAAAUCAUCAUCUUGGAGCAAAUUACAGAACCUUGUUGGAAAGCGAACUGAAUUAAUGAAUGUGAAAAAAGGCAUGCACACUCUAUUGUUUGAAGGGAAAAUGGAACAAAACGUAAAUCAUUUAUUGGAAAUUAAGCAAGAUGCUGAGAACUUUUCUGAUCCACUUCGAAUCUUUUUGAAAGAAAACAUUUUCGUUCAACCACUAUUGUCGGACGAGUUGAAGUAUUGCUUCAUGGAAGAGUUUAAGGGAGUGGAAGACAAACCAGUGACAAUGAAUAACAAAUAA